AAAAUAAAAUUUUGAAAUUUGAGAUUUUCGACCGACGACCGUUUCCAGACUUUCGAUACGCCCUGUAUAUAUAGUUACUUGGAAAUUAGAAUUAUCAGAAAUGGCCAGCAUUGGCCAGCAUUGGCCAGCAUAAUCUAUAUAUAUUAUUUUUAAUAGUGAAGCUGCAGAUAAGAUUUCUGCCGUAUUCAUGGUUUUAAUACGAUCAGUCCUACGGCCUACACGUCACCUGAUUUGGCAAUAACCCGUUUGAUAUCGAAGUCAAACCUACGGACUUCUCAGAGUCGUUAUUAUGGCAGCUCAGGUACACGAAUUCAAUGUCGAAAUGACGUGCGAGGGAUGCUCGACGGCUGUGCAGAACGUACUCGGGAAAAAAGCAGGUAUCAAUGACAUCAAGAUUGAUUUACCAGAGAAGAAGGUAUUCGUGACCACUGCACUCAAUUCAAAUGAGAUUUUAGAAACACUCAAGAAAACAGGAAAAACUUGCCAGUUUUUACAAACUCAUUAAGGAAAUUAAUAAGUGGGUGAUUAUGUGACAUGAUUGUAAUAGGGGCUGCUAAAUAUGUCAGGUAUACAUUAUAACAGAUAUUCUUAUAUUUUUC